AUGGGUUGUGGAUCAUCCAAGCCCGAUGAGGGCGAUCGCGAUGCCGCUCAGCGCAGUGCAAAAAUCGAUCGUCAGCUGCGACAUGAUCGGAAAUUGGAGAACAAGACCGUCAAGAUCCUCCUACUAGGUGCUGGCGAGUCGGGUAAAUCAACGAUCAUUAAGCAGAUGAGAAUCCUCUACAGUGGUGGAUUCCAAGAAGACGAAAGGAUCCAAAUCAAGGCUGUCAUCUACUCGAACGUGGUUAUCGCCUUCAGGGUGUUGCUCGAGAUCAUGCAGGAGGAGCGGAUUGAAUACGCCGACGAGAAAACACGGGUGCACGCCGAAGUCCUCGAAGAAGCCGAAGCUGAUGUGGACGCUUUGCACGCAUUCAGAGAUAUGCGCAUAAGAGACGCCAUGACUGGUUUGUGGAGAGAUGCUGGCAUUCAGAAAGCUGUUUCUAAGAGUCACGAAUACGCCUUGAACGACAAUCUUCCAUUCUACUUCGCCAAUAUCGACCGCAUGUUCGACCCAGAUUGGAUUCCAGGCAACCAAGAUAUGCUCCACGCCAGACUCCGAACCACUGGCAUCACCGAAACAGUCUUCGAGUUGAAAGAGCUGACUUUCCGGAUGAUGGACGUUGGCGGUCAGCGGUCUGAGCGAAAGAAAUGGAUCCACUGCUUCGAGGGCGUCCAGUGUUUGCUGUUCAUGGCUGCUCUGUCCGGAUACGACCAAUGCCUAGUCGAAGAUGUGAACGCCAAUCAGAUGCACGAGGCAUUCAUGUUGUUCGAGUCACUGGUCAAUGGUGAGUGGUUUAAGGACAAGCCGAUCAUACUUUUCCUCAACAAAAUCGAUCUCUUCAGGGAGAAGAUUAAGAAGUCACCCAUAUCAGCACAUUUUCCGGACUACACAGGAGGCAACGCGGAUGAGGAAGCCGCAAAGACUUACUUUGCCAAUCGAUUUAAGGCAAUCAAUCGCAACAGCAGCCGCGAGAUCUACAUCAAUUUCACCAAUGCCACCGACACGAAUCUUCUCAAAGUUACCAUGGCCGACGUGCAGGACAUGUUGAUUCAGAAAAAUCUACAGAGACUGGUGCUGUGA